UAGUCAAAAAAUAGCCAGCGCGCGGAUUUAUGAGUUUAGACUGUGACGUGGUGCGCUAGAAGUUAGUGGGAGAAGCACCUCUUCUCUCGUUUUUCGUAAACGAUUCAAUUCGAGCAGCUUCAGUCAGUGGCCGGUUCGCAAAAGUAAAUAUGGCUUACCACGUAACAAAACCGAGACCUUUUGACGCCGAUGCCGCUUGGAGAGACCACAUCGACCGCGUCAAGGGUCGCGAACCCAGCCAGUGGCCCAGCAACAUCUUCCACACCACUUACCCGUUCUCGCGCUACCCACUCUACUUGGUCUACAGCAAGAGGCCCCCACCAGCUGCCGACAAAUACGACCCCCACCGCUCCUGGUUGGACCACUUGGACCGUUUGGCCGAACUGGACAAACUGUACCCGUCCCUGUGGCCUCUUACCGGAAGCAAACUGAGUCCAACACCCAUUAAGGUCA